UGCAUAGGUGGAUUUGGGGCCGCUUUGCUUCGGCUUUUGACCCCUGUCGCUGCGGUACUAGCCGGCUCUGCCGCAGAGCCGCUUCGGUGCGCUCGAGGCUUCCUGAGCCGGCACAGCCCAGGGUUGUGGGGCCGAGCCGGGCCGAGCCAGGGGAGCGCGGCUGGGGCAUCAUGCUUGCCGCCUUCGCCGGGAGGCGCCUGGGGCGCCUGCUGCCGCUGCUGCUGCUCUGCAUCAGUUUCUCGGGCGGGAGCCCCGCAGGUAAAUAUCCAGUUAUGACGACACAAGAUACCAAUCAGUCUCAGGCGAACUCCUUGACUAAGAUGCAAGCUGGACUUAAGGAAUCAUCUGGUCCAGGUCUUACCACACAAGAUCUCAAGCAACCAAGCAAGGAGCACCAGUCUAAUGGCUCUUUUGUGCAGUCUGAGAUACUCCUUCCUGGUCCUCCUAGUACUUUACUGGAAAGAAAUAUCAGUUUGGCUAAUGCAACUACAGUUGAACUGUCAUGUAAAUUAGAUCCAAAUUCUCGUUUGAAAAGGCCUCAAGUGACUUGGAAAAGGGGAAAUGAAACAAUCAGUCACACCAGUAAAACUGAGAACAGCUGGAGCAUCAAAUUGGUGAUUGUGGAUAGCAGUAAGAUGGGAAGUUACAGUUGUAUUCUGAAAGGUGAAGAAGAAAUCAGUGCUACAUUUCAUUUACACGUACCGAAAAUUGAAGCAAGAGAAAAACUAAUCACUUAUGAAAGAGAUACAGCUGUAAUGGUUUGUAAAACUGACUCUACUCCCAUGGCUUGGACCUGGUAUAUGAUGAGUGGAAGUAAGCUGGUUGUCAUUAAUGAAUCUUUGAGGACAGACAAGUACCUGACUGACAGACUGUCUGCCAAUGUAACCCGUCUGAGGAUACUCAAGCUCACCAAGGAAGAUGCUGGUGUCUAUUGGUGUGAAGCUGCUUUCAAGUUAGGGAAAAGUGAAAAGAAGAUGAAACUUAAUGUUCUGUCCAUCAUGGCACCUCUCAAACCCUUUGUAGCAAUUGUGGCUGAAGUUCUUAUUUUGGUAACUACCAUUAUCCUUUAUGAGUUGUAUUCGAAAAGGAAAGGAAAAUGUACAGGUGAAAAAGCAUGUGACCAAACUGAGCAACUUAAAUCAGGUGAAGGCAGUAGUGCUAGCCACGGAAGAAUUUAAUCCAGUUCCUGAAAAGGAGACUUAAGCCAACAGAAGUGGAAAUCAUCACAAAGCUACAGAAGAUGUAUGCGACUAUGCAUUUUAAACAUACACUGUAUUUCUAAGUAAAGUCCUCUGUGCUUAUGAGAAAAAAGAUGCUGUGAAACUGCUCAUGUUUUAGAGAUGAUAAUCUGAUGUACUGCAUUUAGACUUUUGCUGUCUGUAACACUCUUUGUCUUUUUACUACUAGAAGUUUUCUGUGUUUAGGUUUUCUGUUAGUGUGACUGAUCUGUUUGAUUUUGUGUCUUAAACUGGAACUAACCUUGUAUUCACUGAAUGAAUGGUUAAUAUAAGAAUGUGUUUUAUAAAGCUGGACAGGUAAGAUCAAAAAAGUAUUUCCACCAAAGAAAAUACCUUUUACUAUCUGAUGAAACAAAUGUGACACAGUCAUUUUUACCAAAGAAAUGGUGAGAGGGAAAUCUUUAUUAUAAUUUAUAUGAAACAUUAACAGUUUUGCAAUUUGCUCUGAACAGUAAAACGUCUUCUUUUGUAGCCUCAUUCUGAAUGCUACUAUACUGUACUUCAUAGUAGGCUAAAGACUUAAUACAGAUCAGAUAUUUGAGUACAUGAAAGAAGUAACGGGGAUACAGUACUUUCUCAGACUGUGACUGCAAUAAUUUCUUAUGCUUGCACUAUCUGGGACUGAAAACCAUUUUUGUGAUUGUAAUUUAUACAGAACACUGAAUUUUGGUGAAUAUACUUACAUGGUUCUGAUUAUACAUCCUGCCUUGUUGGUACUUCUACUUCUUUCAGCAAACUGUGUUGUUCUUUAAACUCCUUGCAAAGCACAGAGAGGGUCUUGAGCAGCUAAAAUUUUGAGGAUAGUAGAAUAAAGCAACGUGAAUACCACAAGUUCUCUUACACAAAACUUCUACCACUGCUGUUAAUGACUUAGAGUAUUGCUUUAGAAGAGUGAGUUCCCAUAAUACCAUUUAGUUACAUUAUGCAUCCAGUAAUUGAAAAGUAUUCAGCUAAUAGGAAAACAGUUUGCUGCUUUAGUUGAUUUUGCUUGUUAAUCCAGAAGAAAAAUAAGUAAAACUUGUAUUUUGAUGAGGGAAAAGUAAAGCCUUCAGGAAAAUUUCUUUUCUCAAUGAAAACAUAAAGAAAAAACAGGCAGCAUUUGCAGACUCCCUAAGAAAGUGAAAGGAAAAAAACCAUCUGAAUAGCAUUUCUUUGUGUUGGUCAUUUUUCUUUAAGCAUAAAGGAACAGAAGAGAUAAAAUGGAUUUAAUUUCCUUCCUUUAUGUUUUUUGUUUUGUUUUCACACAUUUGAAAAAAAGCCUAGCACUGACUGUUUUGUUACAGAUGGGAGACAAAAUUCAGUCUGGUCUAUGUGAUUCUGCUUUUCAUAUUUAAUUUUUCAGCUUUAAGAACUACAAGUUAAAGUUGAAAUAAACCACAAUGAGAAGUAUAUAAGUGUGAGAUGAUUGUAAGAAAUGAAAACUGGUAAAGAUUUUCCUUGAUUAGAUACUGUGGUUUUUGUAUUUUGCCUUGGAGUUUCUCUGCAUUAUAAAAAUGAGAAUGCAUUUACAUUUUUUGAUAUGAAUUUGUCAUUGAUACAGUGGCAUUUUUGUUGCAGCAAGUAAAUGUUUCCAGUUUUAAAAGGUUGACUUCUGUAUACUGUUUGACACAUUUUAGGUUUGUAGAAAGUUGUUUCUUAUAGGAAGUUCAG